AACGUUGCAUUUGAAACGGUUGGCAGAAAAAAUGGCUUUGGAAUUUCAUAAGGAAAGAUCGAAGCGUAUUCCGUUUCUAUCGCUUAAAUUUUGCCCUGAAUGUCACAACACUUUACUUGCAAGAGAAGAUGAUGAGAGGCAUGUCCUUAUGUAUAUUUGUCGUCUGUGCGAAUUUGAAAAAGUUGCAGAAUCAAACUGCGUUUUUAUAAAUAUUAUUAAAAAAAGUGUUGAGGAACUAACGUACGUGAAUCCUAAAAUUUUAAGUGAUCCUUCAUUGCCCCGUUCUGAUGAACAUCCUUGCCCAAAAUGCAAAUACCCUGAGACCACUUACUUUCCAACUACUGAUCGCGGAGAUACAAGGAUGUUUUAUGUUUGUCUAAAUUUAGAGUGUAAUUUCAAAUGGUUUGCAUAAAUUUUGUGAAAGGAUGCCUUGUAUAAAUGCAAUUAAGAAAAUGUUGACUAAU